AUGAAGAAAGACGAUAACUUUGAAAAAGUUAGCGUAGAUAAGUUAUCGCUUGCAUUUACUUGUCGUACAUGUCUGAAAACCGAUUCUAACCAACACUUGACUCCAAUUUUCGAAGACGCCAAAGACAGUGGUAAAUUUGAUGUUUUCGAUCAGCUGUUGCUGCUGAAGCUCAAGAUUCAGAAAGAUGAUAGAUAUCCAGAAAAUAUAUGCAGCAUUUGCAUGGAACGGUUGGAGACUAUAGAUGCUUUCCGAAAGCAAUGUGAAAAGGCUCAAGAGCAUCUCCAACAGAACUUUAUCAAGCUUCCCAAAGAUGAACCGAAAUGCAUAUCGGAAGUACUAGUCUGUUUCGUUGGAGAUUCGGAACUUUUGAAUGAUUCGACUAAUUUGGAACCUCCAGAUGAUGAGGAUCAUUUGGGUGAUAAAGCUGAUAAUAAAGAAUCGUCGUCGGAAUAUAAUCCAGAGAAUGAAGAGUCUUCAUCGGAAGAGGAAGCAGCGUUCGAAGGGAAAAAUACCGGAAAACACGACGAGAAGCUAAAAUGUCCAGUAUGCGAUAAAAUUUUCCGAACCCUUGCCAUCAAGAAUAAUCAUCUAUAUUUACAUAGUGACGUAAAAGAGUUUUCAUGUAAUGAAUGCGGCAAGUCCUUCAAGACAAAACGGUAUCUGCGAAAACACAAGGAUUAUGUUCAUGCUUUCGGUGAUCAUGAAUGUGCUACGUGUGGAAUGAAAUUUACCAAAACAUCCAAAUACCAGUACCACUUGGAAUCACACAACCGAUCUGAAAAGCCCAGAAAAGAAUUCAAAUGUAGCCUUUGCGACAAAUUAUUUGUUCACCGAAACCAUUGGAAAAGUCACGAAUUAACUCACACCGGAAAACGGUCCUACCUGUGUAACAUUUGUGGCAAAAGUUUCAUCUACGACAGCAGCCUUAGAACGCAUCUUAAAAUCCACAACGGAGAUGCAGAAAAGUAUGCAUGUGAUAUUUGUAAUAAAACGUUCUCAAGCAAAGGGAGUCUAAAAGCGCACCUCGAUGUCCACUUGAACGUGAGAGCAUAUCAGUGCGAGCAAUGUGGCAUGAAAUUUGUCCAUCAAACCACACUCAAAGGACACAUGAAGCUUCACAAUGCCGAAAAAACGCACCAUUGUGAAUUUUGUCAGGAAUCAUACCUUAGAAUCCGAGAUUUGAGGCGCCAUCGUUUGUUAAUUCACAACAAAACAGAAACAAUGAAUCGAGAGAUUCAGCAAUCACUUCAAGAAAAUGAAAUUGUCGAAAAGGCACCCACCAAAGAAGAAGAUAGCCCUUCCAAAAAGCGUCGCAAAAGACCAAUAGAGAACAAACCUUACAGUUGUGAUUUGUGUGACAAAUCGUUCAGAAUACCGUCAGCGUUGGGAAACCACUUGAAGAUCCACAGCGAGGACCGGCAAUAUGUCUGCAAAGAAUGCGGCAAUGCAUUUAGGAAUAUUGUACACUGGCAAAACCAUGUCAACGCCGUACAUAUGAAGCGAAAACCAUACAGUUGUGAGGUAAGUGAUAUGGGUUAG